AGGAAAGUCCUUGCUUGCAUGAUCCUUCCUGAGGUAUCUAGUCAGUGAAACACUGAAGAGUUGAGACAUGCUGCCAACAGCCCUACCUAACACUCAUUUCUUUUGACAGACCCGGCAGAAGACACACGCAAAUUACUGUAGUCUGAUAUUUGUCAGGAUGGGGGGUGACUUCAAGGUGAACUGUUUAUGUAACUUGCUUAGCGCAAGUGUGUUUAUUGCAGGAUGCACCUUUGUCAUUCUAGCAGCUUUCCCAAUCGCCCAGAUCUCUCUAGGUGUAGUGUACAUUCAUGAGUGUCCAGCAGCACCAUUUAUCCCAGUGUACGUGAUGGUGUGUGGGAUACUGGCCCUGCUGUUGAUGGGCAUGUUUGCUUUACCAAAUCUCCUCUGUCCAACAAAACCGAACAACAUAUUCUGGACUCUGUCGCUCUUCGGUCUGAUCCUGUUCGUCUUCGUCUGGUUCUUCUAUGGCAGUUACGAGAUUUAUUCUAUAUAUCCACCCAACUACGACAAGAGCAGCUUCAACAACAGUAUCUACAUUCCCACUGCGCCUGACAAUAAAACCAACCUCAUCCUGGAGAACCAGAACAAGAGCCUUCCAAGCCUCAACCAGACCUGGACAAUCAACAACAACCAGACUUUGAGGAAUCUGACUCAAACUUUGGCCUCCAGCAACAUCAGUAGUCAGACAAACAGAGAACACCUGAACGCUCCACAGAUGUCUCGUGUCAUGGCUGUUGCGCCUUACUGUAACAGAAGCUUGUACCUGUUUGCUUUCUGGACGACCACGCUGGUUUAUGUGUUUGCAGGACACGCCCUGGUAAUAAUCAUCUGUAUAUCUGGCUGCAUGAAAAUUACAGACAAACUUGGAGCCUAUUUCAGUACCUGAACUGAUCUCAAUACGAUUCAAUUUCUGAGAUUUUAAUCUGCCAAAGUAUCGACUUGCACCACCUUCCUCUGGAUGAGGGAAGCUUAAUUAGUAAGUGUACUUUGAAACAAAUUGUUACAACACUGUAUUCUUCCAACACCUUAAGAAAUAAACAGAAAUCAAAAA